GGCACCAAAUUUGUGAUUGCAUAAACAAAUUCCAGUAUAUCUUUGUGAGAGAAAGAACUAGGGUUUUAGAAAGAAAUUCAUCACCUUCCCAACUGAAUCUCUCUCUCUCUCUCUCACACGCGCGCGCGCGCGCGCCCACACACACACACCGGAGGAUUCCCCAAUAGAAGAUGAAACUCAAGCAACUGGAAAGUCUUCUAGGAACCCUUCAACAGUUCUCCAACCCAAAGAUUGAUCUUGAACAAUACCCAACUGGGCCCCACAUCGCUUCUCGGAUGUUAUACACUGCAGAGAAUUCAUUUGGGGAUGUGACCAACAAGGUAGUGGCAGACUUCGGUUGUGGGUGUGGCACAUUGGGCCUUGCAGCUUCUCUCUUGGGUGCAGAAUACGUUGUUGGCCUGGAUAUUGAUGCUCAAUCAAUUGAGAUUGCAACAGCAAAUGCAGAAGAUCUUGAGUUAGAAAUGGACUUUGUUCAAUGCGAUUUGAGGAACUUAGGAUGGAGAGGUAAGUCUCCUGUCGCUCACUUACCAACACUCGCAGAAAUGAUAAAAGCAUCUAGACUUGCUGUAGAUUUUUUUUCACUACGUGUUUCAGUGUGCACAAAUACAUCAUUGAAGUGGAUUGGCAGAGGCACAAAUUCACUGUUUCCCAAUCUUAGAUCAUCUACCGAAGUAGUGAUUUUGGUUUCUUUUGUAGGUCCAAUUGUUCAUACUGUUGUCAUGAAUCCUCCAUUCGGAACCCGGAAAAAGGGUGCGGAUAUGGAUUUUCUAUGUGCGGCUUUGAAGAUUGCUUCGCAAGCCGUUUAUUCCUUGCAUAAGACGACGACAAGAGAACAUGUGAAAAGGACAGCCUUGAGGGAUUACAAUGCCAAAAGUGCAGAGGUCUUGUGCGAGCUUCGAUUCGAUGUGCCGCAACUAUACAAAUUUCACAAGAAAAAGGAGGUAGAUAUUGCUGUGGACCUCUGGCGAUUUGUUCCGCAGAGAAUUCAAGGAAGGGGUUUAUAACACCCAUUCAAGACAGUGCAUCUGGUUUACAAAGUCAUGAAUGAGUAAUAUUUAGAGGAAUGUAAUUGUGUUGUUCUGUGAAAAACUACCCAAAAUUGCGGCUGCUGCCCACUAGUUGUAAUUGCUUGUAGAGAAUAAUUCCUUCAUGCACUGAUAUAUGUUCUUGGAACUGAAUUUUUAUAUGUGAACUUCCAAAAGUUUUCACCUCUGA